UUUCGACAUUCGUCGAACUGGCCCGCGACGGGCACGCGAUCGAUGGUCGUGUCGGAGGUCGUGCGCUUCUGCCGGCGGGUGUUCUUCGGCGCGUCCGCGCCGUCUAUCGACGAACAGCCCGAUGACGGAUUCGUGGAAGGCUCGGCCAUCUCUCUGGAGGACGGCGAGGAUUACGACUACAGCAGCCGCACCCCACCGAGUGUCGGUCCAAACCGCACAAUCAGUGAAAGUGACACAGAAGACGACGACGACGACGGCAUAUCAAGUCCUCAUCAACACCCUCCCGCGAAGCGUCUCAAACGACUCGACGGCGCCGUCUCGUCAGUGGCGCUGUCCACUACCCAGGAACACUACUCCGACGUGUUUGCGCGUGUCCUGCUGUCCGUGGAGUUGCUCCCGCUCGUGGCCAAGUUUCAAUCGGGCGCUUACCUCGACAUCAUUCCGUUCUUGAAGGUACGGUUCUGCCAGUGCAAGACCCGCCGCGGCCUCGAUCGAUGGGUCGAGUACCUCGAACACCUCGACAGCAUCUUUCCUCCGUGGUACGCCAGCCACGGGUUUUCCAGAAUUCGCCAUCUCCAUCGAUGUGUGCCAAAGGGACCGACUCGCGCCGUGAUCCAUGCCGCGUCUGUCGGAAACGUGACUGGUAUGCGACGGCUACGGCGAAUGUACCGCUUCAAGCUCGUGCUCGACGACUGCAUCAUCGCCGCCGUCAUUAACGGCCAAUUCAACGUCCUCCAGUACCUUCACGCUGACGAGACCGUGACAGCAUUUCCCAAGCACUGCAUGCAGUACGCAGCAGCAUGUGGCCACCUCGGGAUCGUGCAAUUCCUCGACGCGUAUCGCCCGGAAGCGUGCGGCGGGCCAGCCAUGAACGCCGCCGCCGAGUUUGGCCAGCUCCGCGUCCUCAAGUGGCUUCACACGCAUCGCGACGAAGGAUGCAAUACAUGGGCCAUGGACGCCGCCGCGAAAUACGGACAUUUGGCCGUGGUCCAAUGGCUCCACGAAAAUCGCGACGAAGGGUGCACGGUGCUGGCCCUCGAAGAAGCAGCUGAUCGCGGCCAUUUUGAAAUCGUCACGUUUCUGCGUGACGUCGUGCGGCUGCCAUGGACUCGCCAGGCAAUCAAGAACAUCUUGCGGUGGUCUGGACCGCAUGAAGUGCUCCAGGACGCGCAGGCGGCUGCCCUCGACAUGCUGUGAUUGAAUGCGACGCUCCACGUUUGCUGGUUCAAGAUAUGAGAUGUUCCGACCCCGCAUCUCGGUCGCCGUCUGCGGUCUCGCAAGGGACGGUCGGUGCCUCCGUGGCGUACUCGUCGGUCCUUCGGUGCAGGAGGCUCGACUGGGUGGGGUGCACAUAGGAUGAUGCAAUUUGCACAUGCACACCUGGACGUCUUGCCUCGAUAGUGCAGGCGACGCCAACCAACCAGACACAUCCCCUCCACCCCUCGACAAAGCCAUCCGGUCUUGAAAAAGCGCCGCGGUGCAUGCCCUGUAGAUGCGGCAUUGCAGCUGCUACACCCCAGUCAUCAUGGUCGGCGCUGUGCCACCUUUUCUCGGACGAAUGCUAGGAAGGGUCACGUGCACAUUGCUUAGACCGUCACCACUACAUCGUCCGGUUUCCCCGUUUCUUUCGCAGCAGCAGCGCCGUCGGAGGCGGCCUCGACCUCCGCCGCUGCGGUGGCCUUGGCAGGCGCAUCCCCACCAGUGCGGGCCUUCAACUGGAUCACGUACACGGCCAUGCCGACAAGCGCAAUGACAGCGACCGCUAACAGUGCCGACAGCACGACGACCUGGGCGCCGUACGAUUUGACCACUUCGGUCGCGACCGCAGCGACUUGCGCUUGAACGUUUGUGUCUUCAUAUGGGCUCUCCGACCCGAACAAUUGCAUCGAGACGUUGGCCGACCACUUGGAGAAGUCGAGGACUUCAACGUUGCGGAUGCACUCGGCGCGCACUUGGUUCAAGUCGCCGUUGGCCGCCAAAUACGACGUCAAGAUCGUCGACCCGCAGCUGUCGUGGGGGCGGUCUUCCACGGGCGUAUUGCCCAUGAUGCCGUGGUUCGUAAAGGGGAAUUCGAGGAGGAGCUUCUGCGUGCCUUGCAUCGUUUUGUUUUCGUCGAUCGCGUAUUUGGGUGGCGUCGCCGGGUCCAGGUACCCCGUGAACAUGAGUACGCUCGCGCCGCGCGGGAUGGCCGCCGUUUUGUUCCAGUACGCGUCGCGGGGGUAGGCAAAACUCUCGUUGAACGUGGGGUGGCCAUCGCAAACGGGAUCUGCGUUGCCUUUGAACACACAGUAGGCCGCGAUCUUGGUCUGGGACGCUGGCACGUUCCCCAGCGAGAUGAGCGCGUCGACGCUCUGUUGGUACAGUUCGUCCGCGGUGGGCGACGGCGAUUUCCAGAUCUCGUUGAACACGAUGUCGCUGUACACGACGUCCGAUAUGCCCGUGCCGUUCAAGUACGGUCCUCGCUGGGCGACUUGUCCC